AUGGCAGCGGCGGCCGGCUCCGGCGGAGGCGAAACGGCCUCCUCUGCAGACGAAGGCGGAGGGGGCCGGGGGAGCCCCCCCGGCUCGGACCCGCGACGCCUGGGGCCGGGGGGGCGAGAGGAAGAGGAGGCGCCGAGGCAAGGCAGCGCGGGAGGCCUGGGCAACCAGAGCCGCCCGUCCUCGUCGCCGCCCUCUCGCGAGGCUGAAGUCACCGUGGAUAUCGGAGAGACCUACCUGUGUCGGCGAGGGGACGGAACGUGGCAUUCUGCAGAGGUGAUUCAGUCUCGGCUCAACGAACAAGAAGCCAGAGAGGAAUUUUAUGUUCACUAUGUAGGAUUCAACCGACGUCUGGAUGAGUGGGUGGAUAAGAACCGCCUAGCCCUCACCAAGACAGUCAAAGAUGCUGUGCAGAAGAACACCGAUCAAUACAUGAACGAACUUUCUGAGCAGCCCGAGCGCAAGAUCACGCGCAACCAGAAGCGCAAACAUGAUGAAAUCAACCAUGUCCAAAAGACGUAUGCUGAGAUGGAUCCUACCACAGCAGCUUUGGAGAAGGAACACGAAGCAAUCACCAAAGUGAAAUAUGUGGACAAAAUCCAUAUCGGGAACUACGAGAUUGACGCUUGGUAUUUCUCACCAUUCCCAGAAGACUACGGGAAGCAGCCCAAGCUGUGGAUCUGCGAAUACUGCCUCAAGUAUAUGAAGUUUGAGAAGACUUACCGCUAUCACCUUGGCCAGUGUCAGUGGCGACAACCACCAGGGAAAGAAAUCUACCGCAAAAACAACAUCUCGGUAUAUGAGGUGGAUGGCAAAGAUCACAAGAUUUAUUGCCAGAAUUUGUGUCUUUUGGCCAAACUAUUCCUGGAUCAUAAGACCCUCUACUUUGACGUGGAGCCCUUUGUCUUCUACAUCCUUACUGAGGUGGACAGGCAAGGAGCCCAUAUCGUUGGCUAUUUUUCAAAGGAAAAGGAAUCCCCAGAUGGAAAUAACGUCGCUUGUAUUCUAACCUUGCCCCCUUACCAGAGACGGGGCUAUGGGAAAUUCCUCAUCGCAUUCAGCUACGAGCUCUCCAAACUUGAAAGCACCGUGGGAUCCCCCGAGAAGCCCCUUUCGGACCUUGGCAAGCUGAGCUACCGCAGCUAUUGGUCCUGGGUAUUACUAGAGAUCCUUCGGGAUUUCCGAGGCACCCUUUCCAUCAAGGAUCUCAGCCAGAUGACGAGCAUCACGCAGAAUGACAUCAUCAGCACCUUGCAGUCCCUGAACAUGGUCAAGUAUUGGAAGGGGCAGCAUGUGAUCUGCGUCACUCCCAAGUUGGUGGAGGAGCAUCUCAAAAGCGCUCAGUAUAAGAAGCCGCCUAUCACAGUGGAUUCUCUCUGCCUGAGAUGGGCACCUCCUAAACACAAGCAAGCCAAGAUUUCCAAGAAGUGAAGGAAAAACUGACUUGAAAAACGGAAAGGGUUUGGCUUCACAUCUGCUUUUUUUAUUUUGGAAGAUGUUCACUAAUUUAACAUUGCUGUCAAUCUUGUACUGAAAAGGCAUACAUGGAUCAGGUGGCUUGGGGUUAUGAGAAACACCUGAAAAUAGGUGGGUUCGUUUGAACGAAGACUACUUAUUUUAUCCCUCCCCCUU